CCUCAUAGACGGUGAUGGUAACUUCAACGUUGAGGGGGUCGACAUAUUCAUGAAAGAAGUGAAACUAGCAGAAUGCGGGCUUUCUUAUGCAGUAGUAGCCAUCAUGGGCCCUCAGAGCAGCGGGAAGAGUACAUUGAUGAAUCAUCUCUUCAAUACUAAUUUCAGAGAAAUGGAUGCUUUCAAGGGAAGGUCCCAAACCACAAAAGGUAUAUGGAUGGCUAGGUGCGUCGGCAUGGAACCUUGUACUGUUGUCAUGGAUUUAGAGGGUACUGAUGGAAGAGAACGAGGAGAGGAUGAUACUGCAUUUGAGAAACAAAGUUCUCUUUUUGCCCUUGCUGUAUCGGAUAUAGUUCUGAUAAACAUGUGGUGUCAUGACAUUGGCCGUGAGCAAGCUGCAAAUAAACCUCUCCUGAAAUUUGAUCUAAGAAAGCGAUUUCACCAAUCAAUAGCACCCGGUGGGCUUGCCGGUGAUAGGCGUGGUGUAGUUCCAGCUUCAGGCUUUUCAUUCAGUGCACAAGAAAUAUGGAAGGUCAUAAAGGAGAACAAGGACCUUGACCUGCCUGCGCACAAGGUCAUGGUUGCUACUGUCCGUUGUGAUGAGAUCGCUAAUGAAAAGUACACAGCUUUCAGUGAAAAUGCGGAAUGGCGUGAAUUAGAAGAGACAGUAAAGACUGAACUAGUACGAGGGUUCGGGAAGAAGCUUACAUCAAUUAUUGAUGUUUGUAUAAAAGAGUAUGAUUAUGAAGCCACAUUUUUCGACGAAGGAGUGAGAACUGCAAAGCGGAAGCAAUUGGAAGAUAAGCUUUUACUGCUUGUCCAACCUGCGUACCAAUCCAUGUUGGGACAUAUACGCGCAGGAACCUUGGAUAAGUUCAAAGAAGCAUUUAACAAUGCCUUAAACGAGGGAAAAGGAUUCUCUGCAGCUGCACGCGACUGUACUAAGCUCUGUAUGUCUCGGUUUGAUGAAGAGGCUGAAGGCGUUCAUAUUGAGCAAGCAAACUGGGACGCUUCUAAAGUGAGAGAGAAACUUAGCCGUGACAUUGACGCGCAUACUGAAUCAGUUCAGACAGCCAAGUUGUCGGAGCUUACAAGCACGUAUGAGGCUAAGUUAGACGAGGCAUUGUCUGCGCCCGUUGAGGCUUUGUUAGAUGGAGCUAGCAGUGACACAUGGCCGGCAAUCAGGAAACUUCUCCAGCGCGAGAGAGAAAAAUCCGUUUCUGGAUUUUCCGGUGCGCUUUCUGGUUUUGAAAUGGAUAACUCAACCAAGGAUAAAAUGGUGUCGAAGUUGGAGACUCAUGCAAGAGGGAUCGUUGAAGCGAAGGCAAAAGAAGAAGCUGGAAGAGUUUUGAUCCGUAUGAAAGAUAGGUUCACGACGCUAUUUAGCCACGAUUCUGAUUCGAUGCCACGUGUCUGGAAUGGAAAAGAAGAUAUUCGAGGAAUUACUAAAACUGCGCGUGCUUCUUCGUUGAAGUUGCUAUCGAUUAUGGCUGCCAUCCGGCUGGAAGACGAUGCUGAUAACAUCGAGAACAUCUUGUCCCUUGCUCUUAUGGACCCGAAAGCUGCAGCUUCUGCAAAUAAGAGUAUCACAGCGGACCCUCUGGCCUCGAGCAGUUGGGAUAAGAUUCCAACAACCCGAACCUUGCUAACACCGGUCCAGUGCAAAUCUCUAUGGAGGCAGUUUAAAUCCGAGACCGAGUAUACAGUCGGUCAGGCAAUCACUGCUCAGGAGGCCUGCAAGAGAAACAACAACUGGCUACCGCCUCCAUGGGCAAUCCUCGCGCUAUUUAUCUUGGGUUUUAACGAAUUUAUGACGCUUUUGAGAAAUCCUUUGUACUUGGGAGUGAUUUUCAUGGGAUUUCUGCUCGUGAAAGCCCUCUGGGUGCAAUUAGACGCCUCCAACGCCUUCCGUCUUGGCUUUCUACCUGGGAUUCUCUCAAUAUCCACCAAAUUUCUCCCUACUGUAAUGAACCUUAUGAAGAAGCUAGCCGAGGAGGGCACAGCGGCUGCCACUCCAAAUCAAGAGCGAAACGCGUCUAGUCAGUCGAAGAGCUCCCCGGCUUCCUCUGGGGUAACUUCAUCUGACUCUGCACAUAACAAAACACAGUAAGCAAACAGACACUUCCUCUUGUUUGAGGA